GAUAUGUGGUGACAGGACAUUGGAGGAGGAUUGGGGUGAAGUAAAUGCUCAACGACUGAAGGAUUGAUUGUGCUCAUGUCGUUUUCUUUGUUUUUUUCUCCUCAGGAGCAAAAAUCAGUGACACACACACACACAUACACACACACACAUCCUCCCCCUCUACGUAAUGUGUUGCUCCACCAGCAUCAAACUUGAGGUCCGUGACGAGGACCCACAGGGGAGCAACACUUCCACAUACAAAAAGUCUCACUAGCAGUGCUCCAGGAGACUCACAAAAAUGCUGCAAAGGCUGAGGUACGCGCUCAUUUGUGGGCAAGGCUUUCUUUAAAUGUCCACUCCAGCCCAGACAAGGUCACCUUGCGUGACAUUGAUGAGUGGAGCGCUGGAGAUCUGCUCAAGUCUAUUUUGGACUGCACCUCCUCGCCCAGCCACGGUCCAACUUCAAGCAGCACAUUCUUCUUUUCUUCUCUCCUCACCAGUGAGUCAUCUUGGAUAAGACAAGACAAGGGUUUUUUAAAUAAGGAGUACAGAAGACCACCAGGAUAUUUCUUUCUUUAUUUUUGGAGUGGCGGGGAGCUGAGCUCAGGACUUUUUUUGCGGGGAUUGAUGGCGUCUGCACCGUCCUCCUCCUCCGAUGGAGAUCCGGAUCCCAACGCUGCAAAUUUACGAGCACCGGGCUCAAGCUACGAUGCUUGGUGUGGCGUUGCUCAUGGAUGUACAAGAAAAUUGGGAAUGAAGAUAUGUGGGUUUUUGCAGAAGAACAACAGUCUGGAGGAGAGGAGCAGGUUCGCGGGGUCCUUCAAGGAGCGCGCGGCCAGGAGCCUCGUGCUCUCGUGUGACAACAGCGGCGGGGGCGCGCGCUUCACGCGCACGGAGACCGACUUCUCCAACAUGUUUGCGAGAGAUCUCUUACCUGCCAAAAACGGCGAGGAGCCCACCAUGCAGUUCUUGCUGGAGGUGGUGGAAAUCCUCACCAGCUACAUCCGCAAAACCUUUGACAGAUCCACCAAGGUCCUGGACUUCCACCACCCACACCAGCUGCUGGAAGGCAUGGAGGGCUUCAACCUGGAACUGUCCGAGCAGCCCGAGUCCCUGGAGCAGAUCCUGGUGGACUGCAGGGACACGCUGAAGUAUGGCGUGAGGACAGGUCAUCCCAGGUUCUUCAACCAGCUGUCCACUGGCUUAGACAUUGUUGGCUUGGCAGGGGAGUGGCUGACCUCCACAGCCAACACCAACAUGUUCACCUAUGAGAUUGCACCUGUCUUCGUACUGAUGGAGCAGCUGACGCUGAAAAAGAUGAGAGAAAUCAUCGGCUGGCCCGAGGGGGAGGGUGACGGAAUAUUCUCCCCAGGAGGCGCAAUCUCCAACAUGUACAGUGUAAUGAUUGCACGAUACAAGUACUUCCCGGAGGUCAAAACCAAAGGCAUGGCAGCUGCACCGCGACUGGUCCUCUUCACCUCUGAGCAUAGCCACUACUCCAUCAAGAAGGCCAGUGCAGCUCUCGGAUUUGGAACAGACAACCUGAUCCUGCUCAACACAGAUGAAAGAGGGAGAGUCAUUCCUGCUGAUUUGGAAGCCAAAGUGAUCGCCGCCAAGCAAAAGGGGUACGUUCCCAUGUAUGUGAACGCCAUGGCCGGCACCACCGUCUACGGAGCCUUCGAUCCCAUCAACGAAAUUGCAGACAUCUGUGAAAAGUACAACAUGUGGCUUCAUGUGGAUGGUGCAUGGGGGGGCGGACUGCUCAUGUCCAGGAAACACAGACACAAGCUGAAUGGAGUCGAGAGGGCCAACUCAGUCACUUGGAACCCUCACAAGAUGAUGGGGGUACCGCUGCAGUGUUCCGCCAUUUUGGUCCGAGAGAAGGGUUUAUUGCAGGGCUGCAACUCCAUGUGCGCUGGCUACCUUUUCCAGCCAGACAAGCAGUACGACGUCGCAUACGACACCGGAGAUAAGGCUAUCCAGUGCGGGCGCCAUGUUGACAUCUUCAAGUUCUGGCUUAUGUGGAAGGCAAAGGGAACAGUAGGAUUCGAACAACAUAUCGACAAGUGUCUGGACCUGUCAUCAUACCUUUAUUACAAAAUAAAAGGCAGAGAAGGGUUCAAGAUGGUGUUUGAUGGAGAGCCGCAACACACCAACGUCUGCUUCUGGUACAUUCCACCGAGCCUACGCAGCAUGCCUGCUGGUGAGGAGAGACAGCAGAGGUUGCACAAGGUGGCUCCCAAGAUCAAGGCCAUGAUGAUGGAGUCCGGCACCACAAUGGUGGGCUACCAGCCUCAAGGAGAGAAGGUCAACUUUUUCCGCAUGGUCAUCUCCAACGCGGCCGCUACCAGGUCAGAUAUCGACUUUCUGGUGGAGGAAAUUGAGAGACUGGGACACGACUUGUAAGGACAACAAAUGCAUUGUGAUGUGCAUCACACACACACACACACACACAUUAGGAACACCUGAGCUGUAAUACCGGAGCAGUAUCCAAAAGGAUUUUACUACUAAUAAAUAAUAAUAAUAAAACAUUUAACAAUACAGGUGGUCCUUGGGUUACCAACGAGUUGCUUUCCCAGACUAAGUGGAAACCUCCACCUGAAUGAUGGCUAAAUGAACCCCUUAGUCCCUCACAUUGGACACACGGCACAUGAAGGACAUAUCAAAUAAGAAAGAUCUCCUUCCAUGACAACUCUAGCAUUCAUUAGCCUUCGCCAGUCAGACUCAGGUCACAAUUUUGUUGACUUGAAAAUAUCAUAAAGGUGUGCGACUCGACUUGAGCUUUGACAUCAGUAACUCGAGACUUCAGUCUCAUAACUUGAAAAUGCUUGAGAUUUUCAAAUUCUCCCAAAGAAUGUGUGUCAUCGAAUGCAUCUAUUACCAUCCAAUGAGGUUUUAGAACAAACAGCGAGGGUGUGGCUUACGUUUCUGUACCGCCGAGGAUAAUUUAAUUUGUAUUUGCAAAUGACUUAUUUUUAAUUCAUUAUAUUAUUUGGUAAACACUAAGCAUUACUUAGGACUUGUAAAGACUCGAAAAUUUCAAGCCUAUGACUUCGGACUUGACUUGAGAUUUGAAUUGGACUUGAGACGUGACUUGAGAGUUCCAAAACAUGGACUUUGUCCCCUCGGCUCAUUAGCAUUCAGUCAACUUGUCUCUUCAAUGGUGGUUUGCGACAGUCGAACGUUUGGGACCAACAGUGGAAGCCAAUAUUGGUGGGUGUGUCAUUUUCACUUCCUUGGUGAUGGCUUUCCUUUUCUUUGGUGCACUGCUGCUUGGGAGGCAUAGUAAAGCACAAUAAUAAUACAAAUUCAAAAUUCCGAUUUGAGGGAAUUUUGACAUCAUACCGAUAAAUCCAUUAAAAAUAGCUCUGAUAACCACUUAUGAAAACGCUCCAAUGAGGUGACAUUACCUGUACUGUGCGGGUGAGCAAAUCAAGCGCUCCUUUUUCCUCCUGCCUGUGAUGUUAACAGCCUGCCGUAACUUCCCCUGAGCUCACUUAUAAAAAAAAACAUUCACUGUUUCAAAGACAUGUUGCGUGCUAGUUGUACCAAAUGCUCCACGAUGAGGUGAAAAAAAAAAACAUCGAGUACACAAAAAACCUUAUCAGCCACCUGCAACGCCAUUGCCGCAGCGUUUGAAAAGUGCAAAAGGUUUGCCAGAGACCUCCGUGGCGUCACACCGGCUGCUCGGAGCAUGUGUCCGAAUACAGUGCACCUUGCUGGGCCACAGCAGGUGGCUCCCUCCGCUUUAUACUCUGGUUCUCCUGAUAGUAGGGAUGUGGUAGUAGUAAUGUCAUGAUAUUUGAUUAGGACUAAUCAAUGUCUUCUCCUUACAUCCACGUGUGCACAAACUACAGUUAAAUCUAAAUCCAAAAAGUAGAUAUAAAAAAGUUAUUGGUGCCGUGUCAGCCUUGAGAAGCAGAAAGGCGUUGGUUUGAAAAAAAAAAAAAAGAUAUUGUGCAUCUCUACUAAUACGCGAUGUUGUUAUUCCUCAGUGAGCAGGUACACACUGGGCCAAAAUGAUGUUAUUAAGUCCGUUGGUAAAACAGACGGCGUAACCCGAGGACCCCCUGUGUGUUUAUCGUUGUGGUUGUAGUCCAAGUUACAAUUAUUAUUAUCAUUUCAAAUGACAAUAAGCCUCAUGUACUUGGCUUGCGUACCUAAUGUUGUGACCUGUGAUGGUCGGGGUCCACCGAUGAGUGUCUUCUCUGUCAGCAGAGCAGAAAUAACGUCAUGUAUUCUAUGCAGAAUCAUUUAAAAGAGCGAAUGAGAAGGUUAAAAAAAGAGCACAAGCUUCUAGCGUCGACAUAAACAGCGUUCAUGUCAUUGUAUAAACACGAUGUGAGUUGUUGGUGCCCAUGUUGUUCACGUCAUAUGAAAUCCAUCACAUAGGUGGAAUAAACAUCCAGUAUACCAUGCAGUCAGUGUAGUAUGUAUUGUACUUCUGGCUGUGUUUUUAGAUCUUUUCUGUGUAGAUUGUGUAUAGUAUUGUUACAUGUGUUUUACGGUGAUAUGUACAGUAAACCAAUCAUACACCAUAGCAGAUGUAUCACUUUAUUUUAUCUAAGAGACUAUAAAUGUUCAUCUGCUAUUCUUUUUCAUGUGUAACAUAGCCUCAGACAUAUUUAUUGUAUUAUAGCGCAACGUUUUGGGACAUCUUUUAUGUGCAUUAGUGAACCAAAGAUGAGUUGAUGAACGUGUGCAUUGUCCCUCACAGAUGAAAUCACAUGUUUAUAGAUACAGUAUAUACAUGUAAGGAUACUUUCAUUGUGCAGUCAGUGUUGUGUUAACUGUGCAGAUGUUGUUGUGGCUCAAGACGUUUAUGUUGACGAAGAAAAGCACAGCGCUAACAUGCUAACGACUAUAAGAUUGUUUCCAGAAGGAUGUGGCAUAUGCACAACAUGCUCACCAAAGGCACACUUUUACCAACGUGAACAAUGAAAUAUCUACUCAGUCAGUGUGCAGUCCUGAUUCGGAUGAAAUGUUAAUGUCAGCACUUUAACUCCUUGUUUAUUAUUAUUAUUACUGGUGGAACCUCAGCACUAAUAAAGACAUGAGUUGUUCAA